AUGGACGAAGGAGGGGAUUAUUUAGAUCCAGCAGUAUUUCCCUCUGAUUGUUCACAAUCAAAUGAAACAUUUACACAACUUCAAUUACUUUAUUCUCAGCGCAUCAUUGCAUGGCCAAAUUUUUCGGAAUGCUUACCACAUUGUGAAAUGUGUCAAAUAUUUGCAUCUGAUUCAACUUACAUUAUUUAUAAUCUGGUGCUUAUUGGUUUUAUCCUUCCAUUAAUCGGUUUCUGCGGCCUACUUGGUAACGGAAUAAGUGCUUUCAUCUAUUGUCGACCAGAAAUGCGCUCAUCAACUAAUUUAUAUUUAUGCGCACUUGGAUGUAGCGAUUGUGCAGUAAUAUGUACAGCAAUAUUUUUAUUCUGUUUUGAUAUUAUCAGGCGUUAUUCGUUGCAUAUAUCCUUAAUGUUUGGAGCAUUUUCACCGAUUGUUUAUCCAGCCGGUAUGACCGCUCAAACAUGUUCUGUUUACUUCACACUAAUGGCUGCUGCUGAUUGUUUUGUUCAAGUAUGUCUAACGGAUAGUUGUCGGAAAGUUGUCUCUCGGAAGUUUUUCGUCAAAUGUAUGAUGCUAUUUAUUGUGGUAUUCAGUGUUCUGUACAAUGUGCCACAUUGCCUUGAAACCGUUGUUUUGGAGUGUUGGCACACUCAUUUCGAAAGUCGUUCACUUGAAGUUUGUCCCGAUCCAUUCAGUUAUAAGCUUAUUUAUUACAAAUAUAUGUACUCGAUAUUUCUCGCCAUAGGCCCUCUCAUUGUAUUGAUAAUUCUAACUUUAUGUAUCAUUGGCGUAUCGGUUGUUCUUAAGAAAGGUGGCGGUGGUUCUGGUGACACCAUUGCUUUGAUAUUAGUGGUGCUAUUAUUUAUCGCUUGCAAUGUAGCAGCACUCUUAUUAAAUGUUUUCGAGGUUCGUCUUGGUGAAAUAAUGGGACCUUAUAUCAACUACAUUGUGGACGCAUCCAAUGUCCUUGUUGUUUUUAACUCGUCAUGCAACUUUGCCAUUUACGUGACAUUUUCAUUAGCAUUCCGUCGUACUCUUCAACGAUAUAUUUUCAAAACACAUGCAAAAUCAACCGUCCAAACAAACACAAAACCCUCCAAAGCAACUGCAAAAAAAAUAAUAACAGCCACUGAAACUACUCUCUCAACAUUUAGAAAUAUAAAUUUGUGUGCCAGUAGUAAAAACAGUAAUGGUAGUAGUAGUGAUAAUAACAGCAAAAAUAAUUCAAUAACAAUUGCUAUCACGAAUGAAAACAUGACUAAUUACAAUCAGCAAUAUCAUCGAUACUAUCAACAUCCUAGUUAUGAUUAUCGAAGACAUCAGCGCUUUGAACAUGUUGAGCAAUCAACUAGAAAAGAAACCAUCAGCCACAUCCCAAAAGCAGUUCAACUAGAAAUACUUAUAUAA